AUGGCAUACUAUCAGCAACUGGUGAACGAUCCGCUGAACAUGCAGUUCUACCAGCCCAGCUACGGGCAGCUGGCGGGCGGAGCAGGCAACAUGGGUUCGAUGGGCGCCAUGGGCGCCAUGGACACCGGGUUCGGCGCCGACGUCCUGGGAACGAUGCACGGAGGCCAGCUCUCGACGGGGAUCCUCGCCGCGUUCGGCACCCUGGGGUACCCUGGCGAACCGCCGUUGCUCGAGGAAUUGGGCAUCAAUUUCGGCCACAUCAAGACGAAGACGUUGGCGGUGCUUAACCCGUUGAACCGCAACAUUGGCCCCGAUAUCAUGGCCGACCUGGACCUUGCCGGGCCCAUUUUGUUCGUGUUACUCUUUGGCACGUUUAUGUUAUUGCUGGGUAAACAGCAGUUUGGCUACAUCUACGGGGUGGGGCUUUUCGGGAUCUUGUCGCUCCACUACCUCUUCAAAUUCAUGCUGAACGAAGUGCAAAUUGACUUUACGAGGCUGGCGCUGGUGAUUGGCUACUGUCUCUUGCCGCUUGUGUUUGUGCUGCUGGUGUCGGUGGUGGCGUCGCUCGACAACUGGUUAGGCUACCUCGGGUGUGCCUUGGCGAUCUUGUGGUGCACGCUUCUGGCGCUGGGGUUCUUUGUCGCCGUGCUCAAGUUGCACAACGUGCGGUUGUUGAUUGCGUACCCGCUCAUGAUGUUCUACCUGGUGUUUGCCCUCAUGGCCAUCUUCGUCGCCAAGAACCAGUAA